AGCUGCGUUCUUGCCUCCCAGCUCAUCCGUGGAGGAGCUAGCAUUGCCCCUGGGCUGUGCUACACACCUCCUGCCGCCUGGCUUGGUGGAAGCGGAUGUCUGACCAGCCUGGGGACAUGGCUCACCUGAGGGAAUUUGCCAACCAGCACUCCCGGGUGGACCCAGAGGAGCUGUUCACCAAGCUGGAGAGGAUUGGGAAAGGCUCAUUCGGUGAGGUGUACAAAGGGAUUGACAACCGCACCAAGGAGGUGGUUGCCAUCAAGAUCAUUGACCUGGAGGAGGCGGAGGAUGAAAUCGAGGAUAUCCAGCAGGAGAUUACGGUGCUCAGUCAGUGCGACAGCCCCUACAUCACCCGUUACUAUGGCUCCUACUUGAAGGGCACCAAGCUGUGGAUAAUUAUGGAGUACCUGGGUGGAGGGUCGGCACUUGAUUUGCUGAAGCCAGGACCCCUGGAAGAGACUUACAUUGCCACUAUCCUGCGGGAAAUUCUGAAGGGCUUGGACUACCUGCACUCAGAGAGGAAGAUCCACAGGGAUAUCAAAGCUGCCAAUGUGCUGCUUUCGGAGCAAGGGGAUGUGAAACUGGCUGACUUUGGGGUGGCUGGGCAGCUGACAGACACCCAGAUCAAGAGGAACACAUUUGUUGGGACACCAUUCUGGAUGGCACCAGAGGUCAUCAAACAGUCUGCCUAUGACUUUAAGGCAGACAUCUGGUCCCUUGGGAUUACAGCCAUUGAAUUAGCCAAGGGUGAGCCCCCAAAUUCUGACCUACAUCCUAUGAGGGUUCUCUUUCUGAUCCCCAAAAAUAAUCCUCCAACACUGGAAGGGCACUACAGCAAGCCCUUCAAGGAGUUCGUGGAAGCCUGUCUCAACAAGGACCCUAGAUUUAGGCCAACUGCUAAGGAGUUGCUAAAGCACAAGUUCAUCACACGCUACACUAAGAAAACCUCAUUCCUCAUGGAGCUUAUCGACCGGUUCAAGCGUUGGAAGUCAGAGGGCCAUGGAGAAGACUCCAGCUCUGGAGAUUCUGACAUUGAUGGAGAUGCGGAAGAUGGAGACCAGGGUCCAAUUUGGACCUUCCCACCAACUAUUCGCCCCACCUCCCUUAACAAGCUGCACAAAGGAAUGGCUCUUCACGGCUCCCAGAAGUCUGCUGAGCCCAUCAAGCGGCAGCCGCGAUCACAGUGCCUCUCCACCCUUGUUCACCCAGUCUUUGGAGAGUUGAAAGACAAGCACAAGCAGACUGGGGGCAAUGUGGGAGCCAUGGAGGAGCUGGAGAACGCCUUUAGCUUGGCGGAGGAGUCCUGCCCAGGCAUCUCUGACAAACUGAUAGCACACAUGGUGGAACGGGUACAAAGGUUCUCUCACAGCCGGAACCACCUGACUUCUGCCCGCUGACGUCAAUGUUCCUUGCUGCUGUUUUGGGGGAAGGGAGGAUUUUUCCAGUUUCAUAAGAACUACAUCUCUAAUUCAGACACCAUCUGCUGUUGGAUGUAACAUUGUGCUAUGGACUCCAGGACAUUUCAGAGCCUUCAUAUACAUAUUUCCAUGACAACCCAGGGUGAGGUUCACAAUGCAAGUACAAUUUAGACCUUUUGUGGAGCCCAGGAAGGGCGGUCUAAUUGUUUUUACAAUGUACUCGAUGCAGUUUUUAAUGGUUUUUCUCCCUGUUGAUUUGGUUCAGAGCUUGCUAUAGGUAAAUUCUGGCUUCUGGAGACAGAGAGAGGUUCUCUUGGACUCAAAUGUGUUUCAGAGAGAAGCAUGCUGAGGUAGCUCUCCUCUUCACAGGGGAAGUGUACAUGAACUGUAUUGUACAAGCAGCACAGGCAUGUCUGCAGCUUUCCAUACACUACAGCAUCCAGUAGAGUCAGAUCAGCCUUCUGGCCCUACGAGAGGUUUCUCCUUCAGUCCUAUUGUACAUUAGGGAGGCAGCAGUUUGCUGCCACUGCCACCACCUUGCAUUCACGUAGUGGGUUUGCUGACUGCGCUUCCUCGGGUUCUGAGGGUGCCAUUUCACACUAGUCAUUGGCUAAUCUGUACCAGCCUAGCCCAGAACUCGCCUCACUACUCUGCAGAGGAGCAAGGCUGGGGCAGUUGUGUUUGGCUUGGCCCCUCCCAGAAGUGGCUGAGUAACCACCUCAUGUUCCCUUUGCAGCCUGAGCGCUGCUCCUUGAAUGACCAGACAUGCAGUGAGCCAGAAGGCUCCCUGUAGCCCUACCCAUCAAGGAUAUUCAGUGCCCUGGCUAGCUCCUCAGCAAUGAGUAGUUAUGUCUUAGCAAAGGGACAUCUACCCAUCAGCCAAAGACACUUAAAGCUGAAGCCUGAUGUGUAAUUUAUGCUAAUUACAAUGGACUAAAUUCCAUGCAAUUCCACUGUCAGGGAAGUCAGAACUUUCAAGGCUAGUGGUUAGCCAGCAACAAUGGUGGCUCUAAUGCUAUACUUGAGACAGCAAAGCCAAUUUCUCGCUGCCCCCUGCACCCCCUUUUUGUUUUCCCCUCUGAACUUUCUCUUAAAACUUGGAGCUAAACUACUUGAAGCCAAAAGUACAGUCCGCCUGAGGAGCUGCAUCUCUGGCCGCUCUAUAGGAAAGAUAACAUUUGCCACCAUGUUACCUGCACAAGCUGUUUCAUUGAUGCAACUGGCUUUGCUUUCUCUACCAUGCUACUCUAGGCACCAAAUGUCAGUUCUUUAUUUCAUGUUGUGAAUUCUACACUAAGCAAGUACAUUCAGGAGCAGGAAGGAAAGUGGGUUUGAGAAGAGCCAGGAUCAACAUUUUGAAAGUUGGGUUUUAAAAAAUAAGCAUGUAAGGUAGUGAUUCUCAACUAGGGUGCCAUGAAGUCCUUUUCAAGGGUGAUGCACAAAACACUGUUAGGUGUGCAAACAUCAGCACGAGUCACAAGAUAAACCUGGAGAUUUCCCAUAAGAAUGCAUAGUGUCAAAAACAUUCUGUCAUCUUUCUGAGAAGAAUUGCUCUAGUAUUUUUUCCACAAUCGAACAGAACAAGUGGAAGUGAAGAGCUGGCAUUUUCUGAGGGCUUCCUCGAGUCUAAAAAAGUUGAGAACCACUGAUCGAAGGGAUGGAUCUUUAACUCCCAUGAAAUAGAUGCCUUUAUUUCUUUAAGACAUGGAAGACAAUUAAAAGUCUGGGUCUAAAAAGAGUUACCUACAUAAGCAGUGUGACUUCAUAGCUGCAGUUGCUCAGUCCUUCUAAGAGCUAGAGCCACCUGGUUUGUAAACCUUGAUUCUGGUUCUUACCUCAAGUGGACAGAUUUCAGAACACAGGACCAGUCAUCUCUGUGCACUUGUAGCCCUUCACUCAGUCUGGUGCGGUUCAUGUUAGCAUAUGAUUAUCUUUGCUGCUUCUCUGUGAUGGGCUGGGUGAGUGAUAACACUGCUGCAUGUCUGGUAGCCACUAGCAAGACAGUAGCUGAGGCCUGAAGCCUGGCCUAACGCAAAACCCUGUUUUCUGUGGUCUCCUUCAAGAAGAGCAGUGUGCGGGCAGAUCAGACACUCAGCCAGGCCAAAGGGAGAGGCUCCUGGUUAACAUAAAGGCAGCUGAAAGUUUUGUGUUGCGUUUGUAACUGCUGCUCGUGAUGGUAGCAGAUUGUGUUAAAGGUACCUUGUAUUAUCCUUCACAUGCACUGCAGUGUCAUGAGUAAAGUUUUUAAAGGAAACAGUCCCCAGAGAUUGCCUCCAGUAUUCAAAGCAAAAACAAUUUAGUUUAUAAAAGCAUUGAAAGGGAUCCACCACUUUCAAUAAAGUAAUAAAUACAAGA